AUCUGCUCGCAAUAUCGUUCAGGCAGGAUGGCGGUUAACAAGAUGACAGGCAGUGUCUUGCAAUUUAGACCGAUCGAGGUCUCCCAGCAGUUGCAGGAUGGGGAAAAGUUUGUCAAGUGGGACGAGGACUCUGGUAUAGCAACUCCGGUAACAUUGCGGGUGGAUAAGUUGGGAUUUUACCUGCAUUGGGUAGAUCAGCACAAUGAAAUGGAAAUGUUGGAUAUCGCUACAAUAAGAGACACUAGAACUGGAAAACAUGCUAAGCUACCAAAGGAUCCUAAAUUGAAAUCUCUGGUAACGAUGGGCUCUCAAGACUCUUUAGAGGAAAAGACAGUAACGAUUUGUUACGGAUCUGAUUUUGUCAACAUGAAUUUUAUCAACUUUUGUACAACACGUGCGGAAAUUGCACAACAUUGGACAGAGCAAAUUUUUCAGCUUGCAUAUAAUUUAACUCUGCUCAAUACCAGCACAACUAUGUUCUUGCAGAAAGCACAUACCAAACUUACACUUACAGCAGAUAAAUCUGAAAAGAUUCCUGCGAAGAACAUAAUAAAAAUGUUUGCGCAAAAUAAAGAGGAUCGUAAGCGUGUCGAGAAAGCGCUCGAUAUUUCAGGUUUUCCAUCCGGAAAAAACGACGUAAUAUCGUUGCAAAAAUUUCAAUUCGAAGACUUCUUCAACUUUUAUAAAUCACUUACUCAGCGGUCGGACGUUGAGAAAGUUUUCGAAAGCAUUGUAGGCAAUAACAAACGUAGAUUAAUGUCCAUUACACAGUUCGUUGACUUUUUGAACAAAACGCAAAGGGAUCCACGUCUGAACGAAAUAUUGUACCCUUAUGCGAACGAAGCGAGGGCAAAAGAUAUUAUAAGUCAAUACGAACCAAAUAAAUAUAAUGCGAAUCCGGACCAUCUGAGUUUCGAUGGUUUUCUGAGGUACUUGAUGAGCGAGGAUAAUCCGAUCGUUGCUGUAACAAAACUCGAAUUGUCGGAUGAUAUGGACCAACCGCUUGCGCAUUACUUCAUAAAUUCUAGUCACAAUACAUACUUAACAGGACAUCAAAUUACCGGAAAGAGUUCCGUAGAAAUAUAUCGUCAGUGUCUGCUUGCCGGUUGUCGAUGCGUGGAAUUGGACUUCUGGAAUGGAAAAUUUGACGAACCUGUUAUUGUUCAUGGAUAUACAUUUGUACCUGAAAUUUACGCGCGAGACGUGAUCGAGGCGAUUGCUGAAAGCGCGUUCAAAACGUCAGAGUAUCCUGUCAUCCUUAGUUUUGAAAAUCAUUGUAACCCAAGGCAACAAGCUAAGAUAGCACAGUAUUGCAGGGAAUUUUUUGGUGAAAUGUUACUUGAUGCACCACUCGAAUCUCAUAAGCUGGAGCCUGGUCAAGAGUUACCACCUCCGAAUUUACUCAAACGUAAGAUCAUAAUUAAAAACAAGAAGAAGCAUCAUCAUCAUCACAAGAAGCAUAAAAAGAAGCAGCAAACGCCGGCGGCGGAGUCUGAAGAGGGAGUCCAAGAAAGCGAAGACAACGGAGUGAUAAAUCAGGCCGUUGAAGAAGAAAACGGUUCAGCACCGGACGUUCCUAACGCCGAAGAUGAUAAUAACGAUCAGCAAAUUGGGAAUGGAGAUAUUUCGCAUCCCCCGAUGCUGCAACAAAGACAGGGUAGCAAAGACAGUGCUCAAGACGACGAUGAAGACGAAGAGGAAUCGAGUACGGAAGAGGACGAAUCGAACGUCGAGGAUAUUAAAUUAAGAAUGGGCGAUAAAGUGCCUGCACCCGAUAAAGCAGCCAGUGCUAAAGAAACGGAAGCGGGAGCGGAAAUUUCAGCAUUAGUCAAUUAUGUGCAACCCGUUCAUUUUUACAGUUUUGAAUCGGCCGAAAAAAAAAAUCGUAUGUACGAGAUGUCGUCGUUCGACGAAAAACAAGCUACGACUCUUUUAAAGGAAAGGCCGUUAGAAUUCGUAAAUUAUAACAAGCAUCAGCUAUCGAGAGUAUAUCCAGCGGGUACACGUUUUGACUCUAGUAAUUUUAUGCCUCAAGUAUUUUGGAAUGCGGGUUGUCAGCUGGUCGCAUUAAAUUAUCAAACUCUUGACCUCGCGAUGCAAUUGAACUUGGGUACUUUCGAGUAUAAUCAACGUUGCGGGUAUCUUUUGAAGCCGGAAUUUAUGAGGCGAAGAGACCGGCGAUUGGACCCUUUUGCAGAGUCGACGGUAGAUGGUAUCAUAGCCGGAACGGUUCACAUACACGUGAUAUCAGCUCAGUUUUUAACAGACAAAAGAGUGGGUACUUAUGUCGAGGUAGACAUGUACGGUUUACCGGCGGACACCGUGAGAAAGAAAUUCCGCACGAGAAUUGUUCCGAACAAUGGUAUCAAUCCCGUAUUCGACGAGGAACCUUUUAUAUUUAAAAAGGUCGUAUUACCAGAACUCGCAGCAAUUAGAAUCGCCGCGUACGAGGAAUCGGGGCGUUUAAUCGGCCACAGGGUGUUACCAGUAGUUGGACUGUGUCCAGGGUAUCGACACGUUGCUCUCAGAACAGAGUGCGGCCAACCGUUGCCGUUGGCCAGUUUGUUUUUACACGUUAUCGUGAAGGAUUAUGUUCCGGACGGGCUGAGCGAACUCGCCGAAGCCCUGUCGAAUCCGAUCAAAUAUCAGAGCGAAGUUGACAAAAGGGAGAAGCAGUUGUCCGUUCUUACGGAUUGUUUGGAAGACCCGUCGGAAGAAGUCGAUGAUAAGCCGAAAGUUAGCGAAGCUGCAAGUUCCUCUAAGCCACCUGAGGAAACCAUUAAAACGAAGAGGUUGCAAUCCGUGGGCGAGUUGCCGAUGCUCGUUCCAACUUCUACCAACGUGCACGGCAGACCAUCGAUCGCUGGCGUGAACACUUCCGAUGCUCAGGACGCUGAAGAGGGAACGCCAGCUCCUGCGGUUCCAGCCGUCGAUUCCUCCGCGAAUAAAAGCCCGGUGAACGCCAGCAGCGCGAGCGAUGAAAUAGUGGCGGAGUCUUUAGAAAAGUUAAUGGAGAACAAGCUUGUCAGGGAGAAAAAGGUAGAGCUAGAAAAGAAGCUCGAAUCGUUGCGGAAAAAGCACGAGAAAGAGAAAUUGAGGAUGCAAUCGCAGAAGGGCUCGAUCGACGGUGAGAAACACAGGUCGAAGUUUUACGUGAGCAACAAGUUGGUGAAACGACUGUCGAGUAGAAAUAUCUUCUCCAGCGAGGUGGGUUUGAGCUCGAUAGCCGCAGAGCCAUCCGAUUGCCCGGAUUUGGAGAACCGCGAUGGGAACGGUGGAGCACCAAAAGGACUGCCUAGAAGCCAGAGCGAACGUUUACUGGCCGUGUGCAAAGCUCACGUUCAACAGGAACGCGAUCUUCAAGAGAAGUAUUACGAGAACCUGUUCGUGACGGUCGAGAAGGUGAUGAAAACCUCACAGUCUAACCAAAUAAAGUCAUUGAGAGUGCUCUUGGAGCGUGAGACUGCAGAUGUUAUGAGGAAACUUCAGGCUACGAGGCACGGAGAGGUGAAACAGUUGGCGAAGGUACACAAAGACAAAGCAGAGUUUGAUCGCAUGAAGAGAGAGGUCGCAAAGUCAACUGUAGAGAAGGGCGUGAACGAGUGCACUCGACUGGCUAAAAUUUACGAGAAGAAGCGCACGGAGCUUGAACGGCAGCACGAGGAGGUCAGGCAAAGGCUCGAAGAGGAAAGAACCAAGGUGAAAGAGUCCCUGAUGGCGGAGUACAGCAGUCGAUGCAGCAAGUACGAGAGCGGAGAGUUGUCUCUGUCGCCAUCCGGCGGUACCAGUAUGCCGGAAUCGCUCAGCGGGAAUACGUAUUGACUCAAUCGAUCGUCGACUUAGCAUUGCAAGUCUCGAAGUGACAUAGUUAUCACGGAUUCGCAGAUCCACGGCGGUAAAUGAUUUUUUACCGGGGUGCGUGUCCGGUUCGUGAAGAUGAUAAAAUAGCGGAAUUGCGCGUUACUUCUCCGGAAAAGAGGAGCCGUGUAACGACAACGGUAGGGAAUUGGUGAAGUCUACGCUGUUACCUGUGUUUUGCUAACGUAAUUUUAUCCACUUCCGUGAAAGUCUUUUUUGCAAAUGUGUACAGCAGCAUUUACGAGGGUGGUAUCUGCGAGGAUUCCAGACGAGCAGAACUCGUCUGCCCGCGAAGCAUUUGACAAACGUCUAGCGCGCGCAAGGAAUUACAUUUUUGGAAUGACAUAUAUCGAUACGACGACGAGCAGCGUUGCAACUAUCUACUGUAGGUACGUACGUGCGAAUCUGUGGAUAUUAUCGUGUAUUAACUGUUUCGAAGGGUUACGAACUCGCGUAACGCGUUUUAAGACGAUUCUCCUAUUUACUCGGAAGAUCUUAACUUCUUGGAAAAUCGAUGAUACCGUGGGUCGGUCGAUUACUUCGAUCGAUCGUUUUGAUCUCAACACGAACGAUAUGGCGCGCGUUGCGUUCGAAAGAAAGUUAAAUGGGGCAGAAAGCGAACAAGUUCGCUCGAGUUUGUUUCUUUUCGAUUAUCGAUAUUACUUUUUACGCACAGUAUUAAACGCACCUGUUUUUCUCAUUACGCUCAAAACGUCACCGCCAGUGUCGAGAUUUCCGUUACGUUCUCGGAGUUUUUUUUUCCUUUUUUUUUUUUUUUAUUAACGAAAACUUCGGAAAGGCGCGAAUGUGAACGAUCACGCGGAAGAGGUACACGAUUCUAAAUAAGAAAAUAAUCUUUCUAAGUGCUACUAUUUAAUCUUGUUAUUAUAUGUAUAAGGCGUUAUUUAAUUAGCGAAACGAUGAACUGAGUCGCGCGUUCCAAAAAAAAGAAAAUAAACAAAAAAAGAUAUUAUACUCGUAACGUUGCAGGAAUCGAUCGAUCGCUACAUAAUAAUCGGACCUCAGGAAACACGAAACGUGAGAGAGGGAGAGUGUGAGAGAGUGUGAGAGAAAUGCAGUACGCCGAGGUGAGGAUGAAAUCUCUUUUUUUGGCCUAGUGGAUAAGUGACGCGUUGAGGUCUGGUCUGGGUUGGGCGCGUGCGUGAUCUGAUAUAUUUUCUGACUGAAAGUACUCCGUAUAAAGACAUUUUUUCGAUACGUUAGCCUGUAUCUAUAACGCUAAAGAGUUCGUAUUGUAUAAAGAAAGCAAACCAAAAAAACAAAAAAACGAGGAAAUAUUAACGGGAACGUUUCCAGCGUUUUUGUACCGGGGUUUUCGGGCCGCGGCCGUGUUCGCGGCCGAAGCGAUUACUGAUUUGGAGCGAGCCUCUUUCUAGGAAGACAAUCAAAAAAAAAUGUUACGUCGGUAACAUUGUCCUUGUUGUUUCUAAUCGUACGAUAUUUUAAGCAACUCGAUAUUACACACACAUAUAUAUACAUAUAUAUAUAUAAAAUCUAAAAAAAAUAAAAUACGUACAUACAUGUUCGUAAGCAUGUAUGUACGCAUUCUUAUUAGUUAUUACAAGUUUAGGAUUAAAAGUUAUCUGCGCAUUGUAAAUCUCUCUCGUGUGGUCCAUCCCAUUAUUUAUUUCGUAAACAAGUCCCGCCGAGGCGGGCGGGAGGUAUCCGAGGAUCGCGAGCUUUUUGCAAAGUACGACAGAUUUUAGCGACUCGGGCUCACCGACGAGACUACACACGUAUAUAUGCGUAUACGCACACAGGCACACGUCAUACAUGCACACACACACGCGCAACUAGGCGAGGAGCAUAAUCGUUAUCAACGCGAGGGAUAAGCGUUACCUUUGCUAUCGCGAAGGUACUCCAAAAUAUGUUGUGCAAUCGAAAAGUAGAUGAUUUCUCUCGGAACGAAAAAACAAACACAUGGUCGUGGGUGAAAUUUAUAUAAAGUGUGUAGGAAUAGCAAUUUAUGACUGGCGACGAGCACCACUGGUUGGUCGACUGAUUAAUUAAAAACAGUCAUUUACGACAGGUAGUUAAAAAAGUUUUUUUUUUGUUUUCGAGAGCGAUCAUCCGUCUUUGGCUUCUAUCGCGAUAUUUUUGGGCGUCCUGACUACUGUCGUUUACGUUGCGUCGAGGGAUUACGCUCAGAUUAAUUCCCUUCGAUUUGGAGACUGAAUUCGAUCCUGAGUCGUUGAUAAACUAUUGUCCAUCGUUGGAUAGUUUUACGGUCGUUGCUUUAUUUAUUUAAGAAUAGGCGUUUUUUAUAUGACGAUGUUCAUGGUCCCGCGUGUCUUGGCAAUGUAUAAGAGCGAGAUAGCGCGAUCCACGUAGGGUCUCUUCCGUUUCAAACUUCCUGUCGCCGCGUAAAUGUCCGAGGCUGUAACAGAGUUUCUGGAGGCAUUCGAAAAUGGAAAUAGUUUUCGAUAACUUCGCUUUUGAGAACAGAAUUUUUGUCGACGUGGAACCACGAUUAAUUCGAACUGAAUAACGGGGGAAAAAAAGAAGAUAUUAACUCUAGAAUUAUCGUACAUUUACGUGUCCGACUCGAAGGGAUAACUUAGCGUUAGAUAGUAGAAGUUUCCGCUUCCAAACAUAGUUCUAGGCGUCACGACGAGUUACCAUUUCGUUUCCUUUUAGUUCCGGCGCCUCGAUUAAUCGCGAACGCAUUUUCCCCGCGAGUUACCAUUUAUUCCCCACCAUGAACGAGAACAGACGCAAAAAGCUAUUGUACAUUGCGGUGUACUCGUUCGACGAGAACACUCACCGGGAUGAAACAGUGAUAAUCUGUAGACGAUGAGAUAUAUAUAUGUAUAACGUACACGUAUAAGCGGGUACAUUUAAUUAGCAACGGUAGUCGUGCUGGACUACCUUCGGCGUUCAAACGCGAGAGAAAUCAAUACAUUAUAGUACAUUAUGCUAAGUCGUACGAGAUUAUCGGAUGUUUAUUUAUAUAUGUAUUUAUGUAUAUAUAUAUAUACGUACGUAUGUACAAGGCGAUUCUUACAACGAAUCUACGCGAUCAGUCUGCGGAGGAAAAGUCACGCAUGAGGUGAUUUGAAAAUCGAGUCUUCGUCUAUCUUUUUGAUUAAUUUUUUUAUUCGAGGAAAUUACGGUAACGUACGUCUUUCGUUAAAUCGAUGGAUCGUCUGUUAAGAAUCGCUCUGUACGUACAAAUAUACGUCAAUGCACAUGUUCGUAUACAUAUUGCGCGCGUGUUGAUGUUUUUUCCGGAUCGUUUAGUCGUAACGAUUCCUCGCUUGCGCCGCGACACCGUAAAAACGUGAAAUAUCUCGCGUAUUUCCGGUAUCGCGGCGCACGCGAAUUCUUCCAACGCUUCGUAGCCGAGAGCGAAACGUUUACGAACAAUCGGACUGUGAGAUCUGUUCCUCGAUUAGCCCACGCUGCGUAUGCUCUUUGUUUCGUUCGAGCGGGGAGAAAAAUUGCACGCGACGACGGUCGAGCAAACCUUUUUUUCGUCGACCGUCGUUUACAGGGUUCGCGUUCAAGGUUUCCUUUCGACCGUUUCAUUCUUCUCCGCGCGUUUUGCCGCACGAACGUCGCGUAUUCGCUCAGGACGAAGCGUCGUUUCGUCCUCUUCCUAUAUUCCUGUAAUAUACAUACCGCGUUCACGCGCGUGCGCUCUCGAAAGCCGUUCAAACGUAUUUGGUUACUCUGCGUUAUGUAUAUUACACACGUGUACCUAACGUAUAAACGUAAAGACUAGGUUACGAGGACAGAUAUUAUAUAUAUUCACGUUGAUAUUAUGUGUUGUUGUUGUUGAUGUUGUUAACGGUAGAGUAGCGAAAAUAAGGUGGCAGUAAUAGCGUAGUCGUUGUUCGUAGGAUUAAUUGCGAGACUAAAUUCGUUACUUGUACGUCGCGAGUAAUGUCGCGUGUUUCGUUAUGGCGGCUAGCUUUGCAACGAUCCGUGCGUUCCAAAGCCACGUUUCCACGGUGGGCUCCUUCGUCUUCGAGUGUUUUCUCGUAACGUCUAUGUUGUUGCAAUCUAUAGAGUGUAUACAGUCUCUGACUAUCUAAGCAUUGAUAUUAUAUAGGCAAGAUGUAUUCUUGUAUUAUUUCUGGUAUGCUAUGUAUACACGGUUCUGUCAUGUUUUUUAUAUCUGCUAUUUUGUUAAAUGUCUGUAAUCUUUACUUCCAAAUCGGCUACUGUAGUAUUUGGGGAUAAGUUCUUCGAGGACAAGUUUAUGGUGGAUUUUGACUCGUGAUACGGUGCCACGUAUUGCACAUAAUACUCUAUGUGGCUCAGAAUGGCAGUAAAACAUAAACCAGCCGUUCUGUAUACAUAGUCAUUUUAGUAUGCAAUAAAAACACAAGGAUUAUAGUUAGGUUGGCUCUAAUUCGAUGGCCAGGGACUGUACAUAGACGUCGAAACUGUAACGCGUAUAUAGUUUGGUCCACGGUGGACAAUUCGCAGGCACCCUUAGCUUCGGUGCAGACGAGCGACUUUUCAACGCAGGAUAAAUAUCAUAUUUUCUUAACACUUUAACAGUGGAAGUUCCCCAACUGUAUUUGGACCCGAUAUUUAAAAAUUUAGCAUUUUAUAAACAUUAUUGUUUGAUAUAUUCGAGAGCUUAGAAUUCUUGAAAGUUUCGAGUCUUGAAUCUCUUCUUUCUUUACUCUCUAUCCUUCCCUAUGUUCGAGCCAACUCCUAUCGAAACUCUAAACAUUCCCAAAUCUAUCGAGACCGCCGAGCUUCAAGAUAUUCAUGACUUUCGAAGAGUUCUGAGCGUCGAAACAGCAAAGUGUCGAUCGAAAGGAAAAGAAAAAGAAGCACUCGUGCGGUAAAAAUUCGCUCGCCUGCGCCGUUUUAACGGUAAAAGCAUCACCGGGAGUUUCCGUUGGAUGCCACUGGCUGAAACUUAUCGCGCGAAAUUUGCCAAUUUGCUGCGAAUCGCGAGAGAUACAAUAACGGAUAGGGACGCGGUAUCGUAAGUUGUAACGUAGUAUUGAAACGGCCUAUCGACGAUCGUAACGGUCUGGCGUCGCUCACGUUCCUCUCGACAUUGUUUUCGCGCGUUUCCGAAGGGACGUUUCCGGUUCUCUUCCGGGGAGAUUUCCGCUGGCGAGCGCGCGUUCAACGCGCACGCGAUCGUGCGUUCCUCUCCGCGUUUCAACGAAGAGUUUUCCUCCAAAGAAUCACCGUCGAGACUCUUCGUUGGACGUCGGACAUCUUGAUUCCUCCCGGGCGCUCGAGAGACGCCGAACUCAAUAUUCACCGAAACAGUAUUGUAAUAUUUCCUGUCUCCUCUUGGCCGCGUAACGUUAUUGUAAAACGCUGAGAUCGGAGUUUAUAACAUAAAUAUCGUGGCAUGAAACGCGGUGGUAGCGUAUCUCGAGCGUCCCAGCGGGGAUCGAGCUUUACGGAUUUAAAUCUCGCGCGUCCUUUUUCGUACCCCGUUGAUUCUUUGGCUUCCGCGCGACAGGGACACCUCUCCUUGUAACAACGAUUCUUCGUACCUGACUCGAUUCGUCUGUCGAUCCAAACGUUUCCUCCGAACCGAAUCGAACGAACGCGCCGCGCGAGAGAAAGAAGAGUAUUUCUUCCUCUCCCGGGCGACUCGUUCGUUUCGGGAUCGUCAGCUGUCAAUUCUUCGAUGCUUCGAAUAUACUCGUCGAUGUUAAAUGUGAUUUUUCUAGCGAACUUCGUGCGCUCGUCGUUUUUUCUUACGCGCGUUCUCUUGGUGUCGUUUCCGUUCGCCAUCGACCGCGGUGGCAGGCCGCUUCCGCGUUUACUUUUGUCCGCGAGACGUCUUUGUUCGCUGUCGCUCAACGACGCUAGUCCGAUAACCGACGAGAAAGAAGGCUAAUUCGACAAACGAUCGAUAAAUUUAACGGUGCAACGUGCAAUGAUCUUUGUACGAUCAUCGUUGACGCGAUCGUUUCGAACGAUUAUUGCGGAAGUGGCCGCGAGGGCGUCGAGCUUGUUGUGUUUCCGACGUUUCUAUAGUCGUGUAUAGAGUCUUGCCAAGUAUUCAGAGUUCUUGCCUUCCAUUGGAACGUGAUUCUUUCCAUCGUUCGAUCGCGGGGACACGGAGCGUAACCGGCGAUCGACGCGAGUCGUUCGUAUUAGGCGCGUACACGCGUGUAUAUAUAUAUAUAUUUUUUUUCUUCCCAUUUACGUGGUUUAUUCUUCGAAGCUGUACGAGCUAAAUUUAUUGUUCCCUUCGUAUCGCGUAAGAAGCAGCGGUAUCGAUCCGAGCGGGAAUAUUUACGGACGAUUAGUAACGCUUCAUCCGUUUGUCCCGCGAGGCGCGUUCGCGUUUCUCCUCUGCAAAUUAGAACGACGCGUCGCAGUUUGUUUUCCCUCGGCUUCCAUCGCCACGGUCGAUUCCUUCGUUCGUCACGCAACACACCAGAGAAAAUUAAGGGUUUCGUCCUUUCAUCGUUCACGAGCCGCUUGUUCUUUCUCGCUCGCUCGGACGGUUUAUUGUUAAUUGCCCGUACAAAACCGCGCUCACCUAUUAGCCGUAAUUUACGAGUCGCGUCCACAUUAGAUCGACCGACAGCGAAUUUAUUCGUUGUAACGUUCCCAAGAUUUUCCGCCGAUACAUAUUUUACGUAAUUUUAAACGCCUCGGACCGCCGUCCGCCAAUUGAUUUAGCGCGGCAGUAAUAAUUUCCCACGUCGGGCAGCUCCUUUUUCUUCGUCGCGGUACAGUUACUCGAUUUAAUAUUCGGACAAACUUCGAAAUUAAUCUAACCUUUGCUCGUUAAUUCCACCAUAUUUUUUUUUUGUUAUAGGCCACGAUGGAGACAAGCUUUCACGUUUCAAUAUUUUCUUGGAUGUCCCUAUCGUCUAAGAACAUCUACGUGUCGGUGUGUUUAAAAUAAUUUUUCAUCAAUUUUCGGUCGCAUUUAAAUCUGACGACUGUGGCACUUUUCCACGGUACACCCGUAUUCGUUGCACGUUUUAUUAAAGUUCGUUUCGAUACGAAUAUUUGUUCAUGCGCGAAAUUCAAUCAAGCUUCCGCCAUGUUUCACGGUCGGUUUGACGUUAUUUGUUAUUGUUGAGACGGUUCGCGCCACGUUUGUUUUUGUUAGCAAAGAUCGUAUCGACUGCGAUCGUGCUUUAGAAAUAAAUUCUUUGUUCGUGGCUUUCUCCGAGCCGCUCUGCCGUUAGAGCAUCUUUUAAAACAUUUAAGAACCGUGUCCACCUGUAUAUAAUUCAUUUUAUUAGACGAAACGUUCUAAAAUAUCGAACGUCCUAUCGUUUUGUCCGGCACUGUACAAUAAUGAGUUUUAGGAAUAUACUUGGGUAAGGUCGAACAGGUGUCAGGGUUGAUUGGACGCUCGUGUGACGAGUUAGGGACAAAACUUAAAACAUACAAUUACCCUUACGAUUAACGAUGACUUCGACCAUUAUUUCGAACCCUGAUGCAAACUCUCUGACUAUACUUUUCCGGUAUAGUUUUACCGUGUAACCAGAGGAUCGGUUGUACAAUUAAAAUUUACAUUUCUUUAUUAAAAUACAAUCAGCUACGAAUUUCAGACAUCGGUAUUUCGACUUUCGUUCGUUUCUCGUCACACUGCGUCGUUUCGAAACGCGGAUUCCCGUCGAAACGUCGACGGGGUUUCCGUCGUCUUCGCUUUCUUCUGCCAUUAAACCGCGCGUUCCGCGCGAUCGACGUGUCCUCGCGAUCCACGCCAGGACGUCUUAGCAACUGGUCCUCGCUAUCGGCGAACUGGCACGGAGCAUCCGUAAAGAUAAGAAUUUUUUGAGCCGUUUUUUACAUAUACUUCCGCCAUCCUAUCGGCGUCGCGAGAUCUCGCGCGAAACGACCUUUCGAUGCGUUCCCCUUUGGACUGUUUUCGUACGUUUCGGAGUAUUUUUCGAUUUCGACGCAUUUACAUUGUUUCGCUUUGAACAUAGAUCUGUGUUAGAUGUACCCGGGGACGACGUAGAAGACCGCGCGGAGCCGAGCAAAACGGCCGUUGGUCCCGGUUCGCGAAGCGCCGGUCGAAUUCUUCCGAGUUGCUUUUCCGUUUUAGGGUUUCGGUAUCGCUUUCCGUUGAAAAGAACCGACCAGAACGUUCCGAACGUACGCGGUGGAAUACACCGUUUACGACCUUGUCGUUUGGAACGUUUCGUGGGAAUUGUGAUCGCGUUGCUCGGACCUCGAGGAAGCGUCUUAGUACCGAAACCGAUCGAUGUCGACGGUUCUCGGACCGUCUUAUAAACUUGGGUGUAUUUUUUAGAAAGAAGCGUUAGACAACAAAAGAAAAAAAAAAGAAAUUGUUACUCCCUGUAUAUGGUUACCGUAAGCACCGCAAACAGAUCCACCUAUUACCCAUACGACGAUAUAUGAGUUUUAACGAUAUUCUAUAAAUGGCUGUACCGUAUUGUAAAAUCAAAGAUAUAUAGUGUAUAAUAAAGUUUUAGUGGCGUA